AUGAAUCUCUCGGACAGUUGCUGCGCUUUUAAGUCUCCCAUCCUGGACCAGGUUUUGCCUCCAGUACUGAUCCUGGAGUUCAUGUUCGGGCUGAUGGGGAACUUCGUGGCGCUGUGGAUGUUCGUCUUUCACAUGGACACUUGGAAGCCCAGCGCAGUGUACCUGACUCACCUGGCCGUGGCCGACUCCGUCGUCCUGUUCUGUUUGCCGUUCAGGGCAGAUUACUACAGACGGGGGAAGAACUGGAUCUACGGCGAUGCACCGUGUCGCAUCCUCCUCUUUAUGCUGGCAGCCAACCGUGCAGCCGGGAUCUUCUUCCUCACGGCUGUUGCUGUCGACCGCUAUUUGAAGAUCGUCCACCCGCUGAACUGCCUCAGCCGCCUGGGCCUGGGCUACGCCCUGUGGGUGUCCCUCGGCCUUUGGGCUCUGAUCUUCCUCGCGACUGGAUACCUUCUUGCCGAUGAGCACUUCUUCUACAGCAGCAACCGUACUCAGUGUGAAAGCUUCAACAUCUGCAUGAGCUUCACUCCUUUUUCCACCUGGCACAACGCUUUCUAUGUCAUCCAGUUUUUGCUGCCCGCCGCCAUCGUGGCCUUUUGCACCGUCAGGAUCAGCUGGCAGCUCAGAAACCGGACCCUGGACAAAAAGGGCAAAGUCAAACGUGCCGUUCGGUUCGUGCUGGCCGUGGCUCUGAUCUUCAUCACCUGCUUUCUUCCCAGCACCAUGUCGCGCAUCGCCGUGUGGAUCCUGAAGGUUUGGCACAACGAGUGCCGGUAUUUUGAGGAGGCCAACCUGGCGUUUUACACUUCGGUGUGUUUCACCUAUUUCAACAGCGUCCUCAACCCCGUGGUGUAUUACUUUUCAAGUCCGGCCUUCAGCGGCACCUUCAGAAAGGUGCUGAACAAACUGCUGAGAAGAAGUGAGGAAACUGAUCCUUCGGAGGGGAACGAGGACAUUUCCACCGUGGACAGAGCAAGGAUCUAA